GUUGAGUACUUUACCUCUACUUAAUUUGUGAUGCUGUCAAUAACCGUUGUAGAACCACUGCAUUCACAGAAUACUUAUUAGACCGCAGUUCGUCUGUAGACUGCACAUAAAUUAUUUAAAAUUAUAAUUUAAAAAAUCCUAACUUUUAUUAUUUAAUCUUUUAAAAUAAUGUUUACACUCUAUUAAUUUUUAAUUCCUCUUAGUGAUUAUUAUCUAAAUAAUAUUAAAAUUUAAGCAACAGACGAAGUUCUACUUCUCAAAUAAGUUACAAAAAUAGUAUUCUUAAUUUCAAAAUGACUUACACCAUUCCUCUUAUAAAAUUUGUCGCAUUUUUGGAUUUGCUUGCAGUUGGACUAAUUGUGCCUUUAAUUCCUAGUCAUGUGCGACAACUGGGUGGAAGUCACAUUUAUGUAGGCAUUUUGGGCUCAGUUUAUUCUGGAUUCCAGUUAGGGUCUGGUCCAUUAAUUGGCAGUUUAAGUGACUUGAAAGGCUGUAGAAGUAUACUUAUUUAUACUUUAAUAGUAUGUUCAGGUGCAUACUUAUGUAUGGGAUUCACAACCUCAAUAGCAAUAAUUAUUCUGUUGCGAGCUAUUUUAGGGCUAUUUAAACAAACACAGUUGUUGACAAAAGCUUUAGUUCCUGAAUAUGAAAAGAAUGAGAAAAAACAAUCAGCUAUCUUUGGCAAAAUGGCUGCUAUAUCUGGAAUGGGUAUGACACUGGGCCCAAUAAUUGGAGGCCAUAUUGCUGAAGACUACCCAGAAAAUGGAUUUUAUUACAUAGCUGGAGUGGUUGCUUUGUGCUUUAUCCUUAAUGCAGUUAGUGUGUAUAUGCUGCCACAAACAAAUAUCAAGAUGAAAAAGACAUCAGAAAAACUGACACAUUCCAAACAAAAUAUCUUCCAAUUAAUAUAUAAUAACAGUAAGGAGUCUGCUUUAGAAUUAUCUAAAGUGGACUGGUCACAAUACUGGGAGGUGUUUGUGUUUAAGGCUUUAUUAGGUUUUGCUAUGGGUGUAUACUAUUCCAAUUAUGCUUUAUAUUUAAAAACUCAAUAUGAAUUAUCACCCAAGCAUAUUGGUUAUGUAAUAUCAUUCCAAGGCAUAAUAGGUGCUGUUUCUAGCUUCUUAAUGGGUUAUAUUAAUAGUUAUUACCCUAAUGAUAAGGAUUUUAGCCAUAGAAAUUAUCAUGUAUUUUUACUAUUAUCUAUUUCUAUCUUUGGACUUUGUAUGUCUUCAAAUAUUAUGUUCUAUUCAGUAUGGCUAAUACCUAUGUCGAUAGGAAAUGCUGUUGGUAGAUUAGUAACUCUAGAAAUGAUAUUGAGGAAAAGUGAUAAAGAGCAUAAAGGUACAUUGAUUGGUGCUUCUAAUAGUGUAGCUUCUUUAUCUGGUGUUUUGUCACCUAUGGCUGCAGGACUUAUAGGUCAGUAUUUAGGUGUUAAAUAUGUUAUUUAUGCAUCAUUAUGCUCAAACGUUAUUGCACUGAUAUUAAGCAAUAGAUACAAAACUAGACACAUUAAAGUUGAUUAAGAAAUAAAUGGAAUAAAUUUUUUAUGUUGAUAA